UAUGACGUAAGGACGCAAGAGACGGGCGCAUUGCAUUGUGGUCGCCGGUGGUGAGACUACAAACCCAUAGAAACAGAAACCACACAUUGCUCCAGCAUAGCACGGCAGUUAACAUUUAGGACGGGACCUUAAAAGCCUUCAAAGCAGCCAUGUCGUCAACAUCCCAAAAGCACAAAGAGUUUGUGGCAGAGCCCAUGGGUGAGAAGCCUGUGAUGGCUCUUGCAGGAAUCGGAGACGUCCUUGGCAAAAGGUUGCAGGAAAAGGGUUUUGACAAGGCGUAUGUUGUCCUCGGGCAGUUCCUGGUGCUAAAGAAAGAUGAAGAGCUUUUCCGAGACUGGCUGAAAGACACUUGCGGGGCAAAUGCCAAACAACAAGGUGACUGCUAUGGCUGUCUUAAAGAAUGGUGUGAUGCCUUCUUAUAAACACGCAGUCAUUGUUUUCUAUUUCUGAAGUCCCAACUGUACAUUACCUCUUCUGUGAUUCUAACUCAAUUUAUUUACAACAUAUAUAUGAACUGUACACACUGAUGAGGACUAUUCACACAAAACGUUUUCUUUUUUUUCUUUUUUUUUGUCUUUAGUGAGUAGGUCUGAUUCUCUCUGUCAACAGUUGUGUGACAACAGUGUCAUUAGAUUAGUAAAUUAUACAGUGAAUGAAGACAAAAUGAGAUAAGUCAGUCAAUUUACUGCCAAAGCCCCCUUUACACACACAUUUUGGCUUGUCAUUGUAUAUCCAGAGGCGUGGCUGUUAACAUUAAUGAUGACUCCUAUCUAUUUAGCUUACUAGUAAGUCAUCCACAUUAGCAGGGAUGUGACUCUUACCUAAUAAAGUGUGUUGUGUCUUUGUAAGAGAAGUCCAAAUGUCUGCUGUAAGAACAUCCUUUUCAAUUUUCAGAGGAAGCUACCCACAUGCCUAUAGCAUCCAUUAUGCUCUAGAUUAUUGUAAUGCUGUGUGUACUUUCUGUUCAUGGCUACAUUUUAAAUUUACAGUUCGUUCAUUGUAAACAGCAUGCUAAAAAUUCAUGCUUUUAAAGUCCUACAAUGCUGAUCUGUUCUGUGUCUAAGCCUUUUACCUUCAGGAAGUUUUCUUGAUUUGUUCAGUUCAGCCCAUGUAUCUUUCUGUGCAAUGUGGUUGACUCGUCAAUCCAGACUAAAUCCUGUAGUCUCCCUCAAGUCUCGAGCUGCCUAUUUUUAAUACCAAUAGAAGGUUUAAGAAAGGAUGCAUUUUGUUUUUAAAUGGCACAUAAUAUCACAGUUAAAUUCCAUGUACUCUGAUAUUAAAAUGUUUCUUGACGAGGUGGAUUGUCAGUUUCAAGUGUCUUGCGGAUGAUGUGGCAGAUUAACGUGAACUAGAAAGGCUAACUCCCGCCCCCAAAACUGAUUUGACACUGCUUGUUGCAAUGCAGAUUUAAAGUAUAUAAAAAAUGUUGUUUUAACUUUUUCACUGAAGGAGCAGCACACACUCAAUCUUCUCUAAACUUCUUUUGGAAAUAUAUGCCAAUAAAGAUUCCAAUACAACAAACUCGAA